GAGUCUCGUCAGAAGUGCCCCCCGUGCUGGUACACUUUUGCCAAGGCAUACCUGAUCUGGGACAGGUGCCCGUGGUGGCUGAAGGUAAAGGAGUAUGUGAAGAUGAUUGUGAUGGAUCCCUUCCUAGACCUGGCAAUAACCAUCUGUAUCGUCCUCAACACCCUCUUCAUGGCCCUGGAACACUACCCCAUGACCGACGAGUUCAACAAUGUGCUCUCUGUUGGCAACCUGGUGUUCACGGUGAUCUUCACAGCAGAGAUGGUGUUCAAGCUGAUUGCCAUGGAUCCAUACUUUUACUUCCAGCAGGGCUGGAACAUGUUUGACGGCAUCAUCGUCUGUCUCAGCCUCAUGGAGCUGGGCCUGUCCAACGUAGAGGGACUGUCCGUCCUGCGCUCCUUCAGACUGUUGCGAGUGUUCAAGCUAGCGAAGUCAUGGCCCACCCUGAACACACUGAUCAAGAUCAUCGGUAACUCCGUGGGCGCUCUGGGAAACCUGACCCUGGUACUGGCCAUUAUCGUCUUCAUCUUCGCCGUGGUGGGCAUGCAGCUGUUCGGCAAGAACUACCAGGACUGCGUUUGUAAGAUCUCUAAGGAUUGUAUGUUACCCCGCUGGCACAUGAAGGACUUCUUCCACUCGUUCCUCAUCGUGUUCCGGGUGCUGUGUGGCGAGUGGAUCGAGACCAUGUGGGAUUGUAUGGAGGUGGCAGGGCAGCCUCUCUGCAUCCUAGUCUUCAUGCUGGUCAUGGUCAUAGGAAACCUGGUGGUGCUGAACCUGUUCUUGGCCCUGCUGCUCAGCUCGUUCAGCUCAGACAACCUGUCAGCUCCCGACGAGGACGGAGAGAUGAACAACAUCCAGAUCGCCGUCGCCCGCAUCCACACGGGGUUCGCCUGGCUGAUGAGGAACGUCACCGAACUAUUCAACGGAAACCUGAAGAAGAGACGUCUCAUGACUAAAGACGUUCAGAUUUCUGUGAAGCUGACACCCGUAGCGAAUCACGUGGAGAGUAACGGUGGGGUGGGGGUCGGGGUGGUGGGGGUGAUCGGACGCUACGGAGAGAAGGUCCCGGACGACGACAGUUACAUGACCAACCCCAACCUGACCAUCAGUGUGCCCAUCGCUCCAGGGGAGUCGGACGUGGAGUUCCCUGAGGAAGGAGAGGUGGAGGAGGAGACGGAGUCGUCAGAGGACGAGGACAACAAAGCGGAAAAAGUGAGCCUAUCAGAAGGCAGCACGGUGGACUUGCGGAAGCCAGGGGAGGAAGAGGAUGACUUCUCUGAGACGGCUGACGAUGUUAUGGAGCCAGAUGAAUGUUUCCCUGAAUUCUGUGUUCGCCACUGUAAGUGCUGUGAGAUCAACACGACACGGGGCCUGGGUCAGGCCUGGUGGAGACUGAGGAAGACCUGUUACCAGAUUGUUGAACACAGCUGGUUCGAGACUUUUAUUAUCUUCAUGAUCCUGCUGAGCAGUGGUGCUCUGGCAUUUGAGGACAUCUACAUUGAGAAAAGGAAAGUGGUGAAGGUAAUCCUGGAGUACGCUGAUAAGGUCUUCUCCUACAUCUUCGUCCUAGAGAUGUUCCUCAAAUGGAUUGCCUACGGCUUCAAGAAGUACUUCACCAACGCUUGGUGUUGGCUGGACUUCCUCAUUGUCGAUGUGUCGUUGGUGAGCCUGGUAGCUAACUCUCUGGGCUACUCUGACUUUGCUGCCAUCAAAUCACUGAGGACUCUCCGAGCGCUGAGGCCCCUAAGGGCCCUGUCCAGAUUCGAGGGAAUGCGGGUGGUGGUGAACGCACUGAUUGGAGCCAUCCCAUCCAUCAUGAACGUCCUGCUGGUCUGCCUCAUCUUCUGGCUCAUCUUCAGCAUCAUGGGAGUCAACCUGUUCGCAGGGAAGUUUGGUAAAUGUGUGAACCGGACAGGGUUCAUCCACAAUGCUUCCAUCGUCAACAACAAGUCAGAGUGCCUGGCCAUGAACGACACUCAGUUUUAUUGGACUAAAGUCAAGGUCAACUUCGACAACGUGGGACUAGGAUACCUCUCACUGCUGCAAGUGGCCACGUUUAAAGGAUGGAUGGAAGUUAUGCACGCAGCUGUUGAUUCACGUGGCGUAGAGGAGCAGCCAAUCAGGGAGAUCAACCUCUACAUGUACCUCUACUUUGUCAUCUUCAUCAUCUUCGGAUCCUUCUUCACUCUCAACCUCUUCAUCGGUGUCAUCAUUGAUAAUUUCAACCAGCAAAAAAGAAAGAUAAGUGGACAAGACAUUUUCAUGACUGACGAGCAGCGGAAGUACUACAACGCUAUGAAGAAAAUAGGGUCUAAAAAGCCCGAAAAGCCAAUACCAAGACCUACGAAUAUCCUCCAAGGCUUCUUAUUUGACCUGGUAUCCAAGCAAGCCUUUGACAUCAUCAUUAUGAUGCUGAUCAUCGUCAACAUGGUGACCAUGAUGGUGGAGACAGACGAUCAGUCCGCACGCAUGGAGUCCAUUCUCAACAAGAUCAACCUGAUUUUCAUCGUCAUCUUCACCACCGAAUGCUUCAUGAAGAUCGUGGCACUUCGUUGCUAUUUCUUCACCGUGGGAUGGAACAUCUUUGACUUUGUGGUUAUCAUCCUCUCCAUCGUUGGUAUCGUUCUGGCUGACAUCAUUGAGAAGUACUUUGUAUCUCCGACUCUGUUCCGUGUCAUCAGACUGGCAAGGAUAGGACGCGUACUUCGACUAAUACGUGGAGCCAAAGGAAUAAGGACUUUACUGUUUGCCUUAAUGAUGUCCAUGCCAGCGUUGUUCAACAUCGGCCUCCUGCUCUUCCUCGUAAUGUUCAUAUACGCUAUCUUCGGAAUGGCCAACUUCGCUUACGUGAAAAAAAAGGAAGGGAUAGAUGACAUGUUCAACUUUGAGACCUUUGGGAAUAGUAUGAUCUGCUUGUUCCAGAUCAGCACUUCCGCCGGGUGGGACAACGUCCUGGAGCCAAUCAUGUCUAACUCCCCAGAGGAGUGUGAAGCCUACGUCGUCAACACCGGCACCAACGUCCGAGGAAACUGCGGCAACCCGUCUGUGGCAAUCGCCUUCUGUGUCAGCUACAUCAUCAUAUCGUUCCUCAUCGUGGUCAACAUGUACAUCGCCAUCAUCCUGGAGAACUUCAGCGUGGCCACCGAGGAGAGCACCGAGCCGCUGAGUGAGGACGACUUCGAGAUGUUCUACGAGGUUUGGGAGAAGUUUGACGCAGAGGCCACCCAGUUCAUAGAGUUCUCCAAGCUGUCGAAUUUCGCAGACAACCUGUCGGAGCCGCUGCGCAUCGCCAAGCCUAACAAAAUCAAGCUGAUCUCUAUGGACCUGCCGAUGGUGAGCGGGGACAAGAUCCACUGCCUGGACAUCCUGUUCGCCUUCACCAAACGCGUGCUGGGCGAGUCGGGCGAGAUGGAUGCCCUCAAGCAGCAGAUGGAGGAGAAGUUCAUGAUGGCCAACCCGUCCAAGAUCUCCCACGAACCAAUCACUACGACCCUACGCCGCAAGCAGGAAGACGUGUCUGCCAUCAUCAUCCAGCGCUGUUACAGACGCCACCUGUUGAAACGGCAGAUGAAACAGGCCUCAUUCCUUUACAGACAGAGGAACCUUCAGACCAACCUGAACUUGCAGGAGCACAUAGUGGUGAACAUAGAGAGGGCCCCGGAGACGGAGGGCCUCAUCGCUGCCAUGAUAAAGGAACACUACGGCCCCGAGGGGCCCGACGAGGAGGAGGAGCUGGUAGAGGUCAUGGGGGUCAUGGAAGGGACUCUGUCCUCCUCACCGCCAUCUUACGACAGUGUGACCCGGCCGGGGGCGGCUAGUGACGUUGGUCAGAUAGAACGGCUAGAAAGGCCGGGAGACUUAGUGUUAGAACUCAGGGAACCUAGCCCCUCACAAACAUAUAGGGAACCUAGCACCUCACAAACAAAUAGGGAACCUAGCACCUCACAAACAAAUAGGGAACCUAGCACCUCACAAACAUUUGAAGAGACAUUUCUUUGAGAAACAUUUGUUUUGUUUUCAGGAAACAUGUUUUUUGUUGUUGUUGUUUUGUUUACAACAUGUACAGUAUCAUAACUCGGAACAACUCUCUCGGUACAAGAUGAACAUUUUUAUAUCAGAAAAUACCCAGGAAUUUCAUUGGUAAAAAUGCAAAUAUUACUUUUCUAUUAUUUAUAUAAGACCCUUUGUCAAUCAAACAAUCAUAUGAUAUGUGUAUUAAUAAUGUUUAGAAACCCAGGCACCAUUGUGAAGAUGGCGAUUCCACUAUUAAAAAAAAUGUAUAAUAAGCUGUACCCAAAGUAAAAGAAAGGUGAGUUUAAAAAAAAAAGAAACUUAUAAACAAAUGUGUGAUUUCAUAUAUUCUGUCAUAACGGUUAAUUAACCAGUAAGUGUAAAUGACAAUCAAUCAGCUCUGAAUAACAUUUUAGAAGUUGUAUUGUUUUGUUUUACAAAAUUAAUAGAGAUAAAUAUGGAGUGUUUAGAUCUUGGUUCUCGUUUUGAUUACAGAUGAUGAACUCUUCUCUUUAUUAUCAAAAAAGAAAAUGGCAGCUAGAUUUGCUAAAAAAAUAUAUAUUUAUGAAAAAAAGUAU